AUGUUUAGAAAAGUUAAGAGAAGAAUUGAUGGUAGAAGGAAUUUCGAGUCGGAUGGCAAAGGCUUCUCAGAUGAUUUGGCGAAAUAUCCUCACAGGCUUUCAUUCUAUAGAUUACCGCCUACAGAAGAGAUAACCUUAGAAGAAUUUGAAACAUGGGCAAUAGAUAGGCUUCAGGUAUUACUUGAAAUCGAGUCAUGUUUAAGUAGAGGAAAAUCGUUCAGGGAAACUGGUGCUAUAGUCAGCACAAUGCUAAAUAAGCUGCUUCCAUUAAACACGCCAAAUAAGGAAUCAUCUUCUUUGUUCCAAGAACGCAAAAAGGAUCACUAUUCUCACUUUAUACUUAGACUUGCAUUCUGUAGAUCAGAGGAAUUGCGAAAGAGAUUUGUUCGAGCAGAGACGAUGCUUUUUAAAAUGAGGUAUCAGAUGCUCAGUGUUCAGGAACAGCGAGAUUUUGUGAAAAGCAUCGAUCUUCCUUGGCAGGAAGUUUCCGAAAAGGAGAGAACAGAAUUUAAAGAUGAACUUUUAAGAUGCUCUUAUAAUGCUAUUAGGUCUGCACUAAUGCAAACUGUCGAAUACCAAAGAACCCAGAGGGUGACGGAGGAACAGAUAAAUAACUAUUUGAUUUCAACCAAAUUCUAUAAGCUUCCAUUUGAGUAUGUGCCAGAACUUGUGUCAACAAGACAAUCUUUUAUACAUAUGGGAUAUGCGUAUGUCGGUGAAUUCCAGCGCUUAUCACUAAUUGCAAACGAGUUUGGUGACUUUUUGAUGGGUCAGUUGAAAGCCACAAUGAGAGCUCUUCCUACUCUUGAUGAGGAUGAUAGAUUGGUUCCAGUUUUAAACAAUCUUUCUAAGGGAUAUGUUUCUUUAGAUUAUAAGUUAAAUGGCGGAUACGGUGAGGAUGCAAACGGAAGCGGUGACAAUUCAGGAAUUACUGCUGAGAGUGUCGGAAUGUACAUAAAGGAUAUGCCUUUGUGCAUGCAGAAUUUGAUGGACGGUUUAAAGAAAGAUCAUCAUUUAAGAUAUAGUGGCAGACAACAAUUAUCGUUAUUUUUAAAAGGAAUAGGCCUAAAUGCUGAGGAAGCACUGAAGUUUUGGCAAGAGCAGUUCACCGCCGGUGGAGUUGGAUCAAUGACUGUAGAACGAUUCAACAAGGAAUAUCGUUAUAAUUUUAGGCAUAAUUAUGGACUUGAGGGAGGUCAUAUUCACUACAAACCAUGGGAUUGCAGGACAAUUCUUUCAAAGCCCGCUCCAGGUAGAAAUGAAUAUCAUGGUUGCCCAUUCCGGGAUUGGCACAGGGACGAACUUAGCUUUAAUUUACAGAAGUUAGGUCUUGCAGAUGACACUCGUUUAAACGAAGUUCUUGACUUAAGUGAGAAAGGAGAGUACCAAACAGCAUGUACAAGAGUGUUUGAACUUUUAAAUAAAGAUCGGAUUGAUGACUGCCUCAAGAAGGGUGUUAAAAUCGAUGAAAGCUCUAUUGUUCAUCCAAACCAGUAUUUUGAUCGAUCCAAGUACCUUGAUGCUCAUUGUGACAAACAAUCUUCUUAA